UUAUCAUGUGUUAAUUAAGUAACAACCAGUUAACACACUGUACUCACGUUAAUCAAAAAUGGAAUUGAAAUUCCUUUUGAUUGUAAUAACAAGUGCGCAUUUAGUUGUUGGCCAAUCGAGGAAACAUUUAAAUCAAGAUGUAAAAUACCAUCCAUUCGAUCAGGAUCUUUACAGGGAUGUUUUGGAUCCAGAAUUAUGUCAACAACAAAUACAAUAUAUAAGAAACAACAGUACAUUGUUACAGGCCCGAUUUCUUGAUGCCGGUCUACGAAUACCACAAGGUAUAUUAUUGGGAAAUCUAAUCCACUUGGGAAGUUACUACCAAUGUUUGAAAAUAAAAGAAAACGUUAAUGAAAUGGACAUUCAAGGGAAAUAUUGUUCAUUGAAAGUAUCACUCGGGGACAUUGAUUUACUGAAAACAAAUAAAGAGGACAUUUCCACCGAACCGUAUCAUUUUAACCUCGAUACUAUUGAAGAUGUUACAAGAAUAAUGAAAAAUGUAAAUCACACACGAAUGCGAAUACUCAAUUCUAGUUUGAAAUUACCGUACAGUCCAGAUUAUGAUGUUAACAGCCGUAUGGGGCCAGGAAAUCCAUUGUCUGAUUUGGAAUUAACUCUAGCGAUAUGUAUACCAGCGCCUUGCACCACUCCUGAAGUUAUAAAUACUAUUAUAGGCAAUUUAACUGAUGUUGGUAUCGAUUACAAGGAAGACUUCUGUCGGCUUCCUAAUGAUAAACUAUGGGCUCCAGUUGAUUACGUCGCUGUGGCUAUAUUUUCAACAAUCGGAUUAUUAACUAUUUUGAGUACGAGCUACGAUAUCUAUUAUUCUAAAGUUCUUGUAAAAGAUAAAAGGACUGUCAAUUCUCUAUACUUCUGUUGUUCAAUGUAUACAAAUACCAGACGCCUUAUAACGUUCAAACCUGUACCUAACUCAUUGGAUUGUAUUGACGGGAUAAGAUCCUUGGCAAUGAUAUGGGUGAUCUUAGGCCACGCAUUUUACGCAAUACCAAUACACGAGAAUCCUCUUGAAGUGUUUCAGUGGUCAAUUUCACCAAACGCGAUUUGGAUGACGGCUGGUCAUAUGACAGUAGAUACGUUCUUCCUUCUCAGUGGCCUCUUACUCGUUUAUUCUACAGCAGGAAAAUUAACCGGAGGAAAACUCAUCCGAACAUUACACAUGUUCUAUUUACACCGAGUCCUGCGCUUGUUUCCUAUACUCGCUGCAAUGGUUCUAUUUGAAGCAUCACUAUUCAACUACGUGUCGGACGGCCCAUUGUGGAUAGGCCCGGCGCAAAAUGUGCUCAGAUGUAGACAAUACUGGUGGUCGACUCUACUGCACAUACAGAACUUUGUGAAUCCUAUUAAUCUUUGCGUUGGAGUAUCUUGGUAUCUAUCUCUUGACAUUCAGUUACAUAUUAUAUCGCCGAUAAUUCUUUAUUGGGUCUUGAGUUCAAGAAAGACAGCCGCGUGGGCGGCGUUGACCUCUGGUUUAAUGGCAUCCCUCAUUUCCGCUACUCUUUACAUCUUCAUGAACGAGUUCCAAUCUGGAAUAAUAUCUCCUAACCGUCCUGGAGAAGGUGAUGAUUACUUUACAUAUUACUAUAUAAAUCUACUAACGCGAGCACCUCCAUUUUUUGUUGGAAUGAUUUUUGGCUAUAUAAUAUCUUCAUGGAAAGACAAGAAACUGACAUCAACAAUGGUGAUCGCAAUGAUGUUUUGGUUCUUCUGCCUAUCUAUGUUCGGUGCUAUAUUUUACAUCCUAUAUAUCAACAUGCAGUUGGAUUGGGACAACCAGACCGCUGACAGUUUUAUCAACUCCUUUGUGAGGCCCUUGUGGGGAGUGGGCUUGGGUUGGAUCAUUUUCGCCUGUGUUAAAGGAUAUGGAGGUCCAAUUAACUGGUUCUUAUCUCUACAUGUAUGGAAACUGCCAGCUCGCUUGUCGUACGCUAUGUACAUUAUUCACUUUUCAGUUAUGGUGGCAUAUUACAAUUCUAGAUUAGCUCCAGUAUAUUUCACAGUAUCAAGUACGAUGUUCAACUUUUUCGGAUUCUUCUUCCUUACAUUUAUAUUGGCAUUCCUGGCUACAGUAAUCAUUGACGCUCCAUUCGGAAUCCUCGUCAAAACUUUUCUAAGUCCAGGCUCCAAGGCUGUGAAAACUGUAGAUAAAAAGGAUUUGGAUAAAGAAACUAUAUCAUCGGCACCGGAUAGAAAGACUGUUGCUGCUAAUCCUACGUUUGUACCUGAAGGAGAUAAAGUUUUGUCAUAGAGAUAUUAAGAGUAAUUAUUUUUUUGUGCAGUGUUUUUUUAGUGUGAAAAGACUAAAUUCUGUAUCAUAUUUAGGUUUAAAUAGUAUAGAGUUUUCUGUGUACAUUUAGUUAUAUUAAUUUUAAGAAUAUUGUUAUAAAAAGAAAGAUCUUACGUCAUUUUAAAAAU